UCCCUUUUAGCACGAGAAGAAAGUCAGAGACAGAAGUAGACGAUCAAGGAAGAUCCUUUACAGAAAGCCAGAGACUGAAGUAGACGAUGAAGGAAGAUCCUUUACAGAAAGCCGGGGACUGGUUUGAAGGUCUGUCCAGAUUGUACGGGCCCAGAAGGGUUUUAUCCUUGGCUACUUCACUGUACCGAAUCAUUUGUGAUAAAAAUGACAAUUGGCAAGCGGGAGCAAUAGCAACCCUAAUCGACCUCGUCGGAGUUGCAGUUAUUAAAGUAUCUUUUUCAGAUGGGGAUGUUAAAGUGGUCACCGUCGAUUUCAGCGUAUCCUACUUCUCUACUAUUAAGAUCCAUGAAGAAGUGGAGAUUGAAGCGAAAUUGGUGGGACACAAAGCGAAGCUUUCAUCAGCGUUGGUGGAGGUUAGAAGGAAAGACAACGGAGAGCUGGUCGCUUCAGCUAAGCUAUGGAUGACGUCUGCUGAUAUCAAAUCAAGUAAGCUCUGAGUCCUGCUCUGAACUAAACUAUAGAACCCAGUUGUCUUACCUCAUAGUGGAGUUGUGAUGGGCUUUACACGUCUCGUUUUGUUGAUAUUCCGGAUUUGCAACCUUUGGUCAUAUAUGUCGUUCCUGAAAAUACAUAUAUAUUCAGGGAAUAAAACACUCCCAUUUGUCUGUCUUAAUAUUUGUUCUUCUGAGAAAUUUGAACUGAAAAUUGA